GGACAAACAAAUUUUCCGUAACCGUUGGUUUCGGUUCGAUUUACUCUUUUCUGCAAUGUGACCAUCAUUUGGGCCAAAUUUUCUUGCAUACCUAGGAACAUGAACUAGGUAAAAAUCAUGUUUAAAUUGUCCCCUUGCAUAAUCAAGCAUCAUGGCUCGAUGAAGUAUUUGAAGUAUGUUAUCUUCAUCUCGCGACAAAAGGGGUCUAAAUCAAGAAAAACUUCAACAAAAAUUUUAGCUGCUGCAUCAUCUUCUGUUAUAAAGCCUGCAGAAGAAUUUGAUAAUGAUGAAAGUACCAUAGCAAAGAGAAAAGUUGAUUUUCAUUUUUUAAAUGAUCCACAUUCUAAGAAAUCUUCAUUAGGAGAAGAAGAUGUAGUUAAUUCUCAACUUCAUCAGCAUUUAAAGCCUGUUAUUAAACCAGAUGUGACAGCUUCCUUAUCUGAUACAUUAGAAAAAAAUGUACCCACAACAGAGAAGGAAGGUGUUAAAUUGCUAAAUACAGUAAAGCCUGCAGAUCUAGAUUGGCGGAAGCAAGUUUUAGAUAUUAAAUUAUUACCUCAUUAUUACAAAAAUCUGUCAAAAUUCAGGCUGACUGGUCUGGUGGUUCUUACUACCUUAGCAGGAUAUGGAAUGGCUCCUGGAGCAUUUGAGCCUGUUACAUUUACAUGUAUGGUUUUAGGAACUGCUCUUUCCUCAGCUGCUGCCAAUGCUGUCAAUCAAGUUUUAGAAGUACCUUAUGAUUCUCAAAUGAAUAGAACUAAAAACAGAGUUUUAAUCCGUGGAUAUUUGACACCUCUUCAUGCAUCAACAUUUGCUGUUUGUUGUGCAAGUAUUGGUUUAACAACCCUUUAUCUUGGUACAAAUACUUUAACAGCUACAUUAGGAGCUGCAAAUCUUAUCCUGUAUACUAGCAUUUAUACUCCAAUGAAAAGAUUCAGUAUUGCUAACACAUGGCUGGGUUCUGUAGUUGGAGCAAUCCCUCCUUUGAUGGGUUGGGCUGCUUGUACUGGAAGUUUAAGUGCAGGUGCAGUUCUGAUGGGUGCCAUUCUAUAUUCAUGGCAAUUUCCACAUUUUAAUGCACUAUCAUGGGCCUUACGACCAGAUUAUUCAAGAGCAGGAUACCGUAUGACAUCUGUGAUUGAUCCCGCUAUGUGCCGUCGUGUGGCUUUGCGUCACAGUGUUGGUCUACUUGUUCUUUGCAGUUGUGCACCUCUCCUUGAUCUAACUACAUGGACUUUUGCUUUUGAUUCUUUCCCCCUAAACUGUUAUUUAAUUUAUCGUGCUUGGAAAUUUUACAAAGAUGGUGACAAUCACAGUUCUCGGAAAUUAUUUCGUCUCAGCCUGGUUCACCUGCCUGCAUUGAUGUUCUUGAUGCUUAUAGGAAAAAAAUAUUCUUCUAAAGACGAUAAACAGGAAAAAGUAUCUUGAUGAAUUCUAAUUUAUUAAGUAAUAAUGAUGUAAAUAGGAAUUGUAAAGUGCACAAAUCAGUAAAGAUUAAUUUAUUUGAGCAGUUAAUAAAAUCAUAUUCAGAGA